AAACAAAAACAAGAUGAUACUUGGGAUAAUAUAUGUGAAAAAGUUGACUCUUGGUCCACAAAGUCGACUAGUGAUAAAGAAGAUUAUUUUGAAAACUCUUUACCACAAAUCGAAUUUGAGAAUCAAUUCUCUGUAAUUGAUCUGAAAUUUUACACAAGAUACGAAGAAUAUCUUGAUGAUGUAAGAAGAGAAGAUCCUAAGAAUUAUCAAAAAUAUAAAAU